AUGUGUGGCAUUAAUGAGUCCCCGUUGUCAGAUGAAGAGCUGUGGCCGCCACGUCACCCCAUCGAGGCUGUGGAGAUCUCUGAUGGCUGGGCACCCCCGGCCUCAUCAAGGCAGGAGUCACCCCGUGAACAGUCGGGUACCAAGAGGCCUCUGGUACUCCUGAGUAGCUACGCUACUGACCAUGAAGCUUUUACGGGGCCUCGAAGAAACCCAUGGUCCAGUAAACUCCAAGGGCCCACUAGUCUCCCACGGCCCAGUAACCUCCAAGGGCCCACUAGUCCCCCACGGCCCAGUAACCUCCAAGGGACCACAAGCCUCCCUGGGCCCAGUAGGCAGAAUGACAACUCGGUACUAAACGACACAAAAAGGCUGAUCGAAGCGGCAGGGCCCGACGACGCUUUAGGACCCAACGUCGCUUCAGGGACCAACAGCCCCUCAGGGGCCAUUGAUGAAGAUGGGCCCACAAACUCUUCGAUUUGGUGGCCAUGCGGCGUGCACCCGAACGAGUCGGCCAGCAUCGAAGCGACCAAUUUCUCGAUGGCUUGCGCCGCUGAGGUAGGCGCGAGGGACCUGGCUCGCCGUCUCGUGGAGGACCUGGCCCCCAGUCCCGUGGAGGACAUAGCGGGGCGCGUUGGGGACCUGAUCCUUGAGCUGACGACGAUCAGGAGGCGGUCGUACAUGGAGAUGCUGAGGGCAACUCUGUGCGUGACGCCGACGCGGCUGCUGCACCAGAUGCUCGACAAACUCACGGAUUUCCGGAACAAGUAUGCAUGUGAGCGCUGCAGAGACUUGCGUCCACCUCCACGCCCUGCGCUGCCCCCAGACGUACAAUUCCGGUCGUUUGAUCUCGUCCCGGCAUCAGCUCCUUCAUCUCUUGGAGACUUGAGUCCUGCCAAGCUUUCCCACGAAGACUUAGGGUCUACCGAGCUGUCUGAUGGAAACUUACGUCCUCUAAAGUCGUUUGAUGCGGAUUUGGGUCCCACGCUAGCGCCAAAAGACGCCUCAAAGCCGAGCCUUCUGUUGGCCAUCGCGCCCCUGGGACGCUUAGGCAACCAGAUGGGGGAGUACGCGACCCUGUUGGCUCUGCACAAGCUGUACAACGUCACGGUGCGUCUCACCGAGGACAUGGCUGGCAACCUGACGCAGACCUUCCCUCACCUCUCGCUGCCUACACUCACUGAGGACGAGACGCCUGCCAACUGGACGCUGCUGGCCAAGGACGGCGGCUGUGCCGUGAGGCGUUACCGUGGCCUCGAACUGGCCGCCGCGGGCCUCUUUGGGCCCCAGCAGUUCCUCAUCUCAGCUUAUCCAUUCGAGAUGCAGCUCUUCAAUGCGUACCGCGCGCUCCUCUUACAAGACUUCAAGUUCCAUCCUAAGAUAAUGAGACAGGCGCGGGCGCGACUACUGAACGCGACGCGUGCUGGAGGUGUGGGCAGGGUGGCCGUGGGCAUGCAUAUUCGACUCUCCGACUACCCUGGCUUCAUGAAGAGGGAGUUCCAGGUAGAGGGUCUGCUUGCGUCCUACGGCUCCUACCUGCGCCGCGCGACGCGUCAAAUCCUACGUCGUUUCCCCAACGCAUCCUUCGUCGUCACAUCCGACGAGCCUGAGAACGCAACUGCCAUCCUGCAGGACUUGCGCUUGGACCACGUCGUGGUGACGAAUGGCACCGCAGCGGAGGACAUGUGUCUGCUGGCGCUGUGCCACCACCGCAUCAUGACCUUCGGCACCUUCGGGUUCUGGGCGGGGUACUUGGGGCGGGGUACGACCCUGUACCCUGACCUCGAGUACCCUGAUGCCCCCUACAUGCUCACCCGGGCCCGCUACACCCAUGCCCGCGUCACCAGCUUCAUACCCGUGCCUUUCUACCCACAGCGAUGACAUAUGUUGUUAUAUGGGGUGAUUUGUGUUA